CAGCGUGUUCAGGGUCGCCUGUGGGGAGGCCGGCGGGCAGGCGGGCGGAGGCGCGGGUUCGUCGCGGAGGAAAACGCGCCAAGUUCCCUCGGCGGCGGCGGUAGCGACCGGCGCGGACAGGGACCGCGCCGCCCCGGAUAUGAGUGCCAGCUGGGCGGUGACAGGCUCGGCAGCUGCCUGCGCGCAGCGAGCCAGACCAUGACCGGAUAAAAUUGCUGAUUACAAUUGCCCUCUAUAAAUUAUUGUCAGCUCCUUGGGAUUUGGAAAGAAAAUGCCUGGUGUCAUAUCUAGUGAAAGUAAUGGGCUUUCAAGAGGUAGUCCAUCCAAGAAAAACAGACUUUCCUUGAAGUUUUUUCAGAAAAAGGAAACUAAGAGAGCCUUAGAUUUUACAGACUCUCAAGAAAAUGAAGAAAAAGCUUCUGAAUAUAGAGGAUCAGAAAUUGACCAAGUUGUUCCUGCAGCACAGUCGUCGCCUGUAAACUGUGAGAAGAAAGAAAACUUGUUGCCUUUUGUAGGACUGAAUAAUCUUGGCAAUACUUGUUAUCUUAAUAGUAUACUUCAGGUAUUAUAUUUUUGUCCUGGUUUUAAAUCUGGAGUGAAGCACUUAUUUAAUAUUAUCUCUACGAAGAAAGAGACGCUAAAGGAUGAAGCAAAUUUAAAAGAGAAGGGAAACUGCAGAGAAGAUUCUUUGGCAAGUUAUGAACUUAUAUGCAGUUUACAGUCCUUAAUCAUUUCAGUCGAACAGCUUCAGGCUAGUUUCCUCUUAAAUCCGGAGAAAUACACUGACGAGCUUGCAACUCCGCCAAGACGACUGCUUAACACACUCAGGGAACUUAACCGCAUGUAUGAAGGAUAUCUACAGCGUGAUGCACAGGAAGUAUUACAGUGUAUUUUGGGAAACAUCCAAGAAACAUGCCAACUCCUAAAAAAAGAAGUAAAAAAUGUGGCGGAGUUACCUACAAAGGUAGGAGAAAGACCUCGGCAGAAAGAGGAAGUGAGUGGAAUUAACAUCAUGAACAUGGACAGUCUGAGGUAUUCUGAGGACUAUAAAGAAAAACCUCCAAAAGGGAAUGGGAAAAGGAAAAAUGAUACUGAAUUUGGUAACAUGAAGAAAAAAGUCAAAGUCUCCAAGGAACACCUGUCAUUGGAUGAGAACCAGAGACAAACCAGAUCAAAAAGAAAAGCUUCUGGGGAUACUCUGGAGAGUCCUCUUAAAGUAACCCCCAAGUGUGUUUCUGAAAAUGAGAUCGUGAGAGCCUCUCAAAAGAAAUCAAGAGUCAAAAUAAAUUGGUUAAAGUCUGCAACGAAGCAACCCAGUAUCCUUUCUAAGUUCUGUAGUCUGGGAAAACUAACAACAAACCAAGGCUCCAAAGGACAAGCUAAAGGAAAUGAGUACGAUUUUGAAGGGGACAUGGGGAAGGAUGAAGGCAGAAGUGCAGCUAAAGGUGGUAGACUUGGAUCUCCAGAAAAUACCACACCUAGAGGUGUUAGUGAAGUUAGGUCCAUAAACAAAGGUGCAGAACAAGUUGGCUUUGAACUAGUGGAAAAAUUAUUUCAAGGUCAACGGGUAUUAAGGACUCGUUGCUUAGAAUGUGAAAGUUUAACAGAGAGAAGAGAAGAUUUUCAGGACAUCAGUGUGCCAGUACAAGAAGAUGAGCUUUCCAAAGUAGAGGAUAGCUCUGAAAGUAAGCAGACUUGGGAACUAGUGUGUAUGGACCAUGGGGUAAUUACAUCCUAGUGUCUUGUUCUGAGAUGGAGCCUUUUUGAUUUUUUUAAUGGAAAAAAGGUUAAAAAAAAAGAUA